UGUCCGUUGGGGCACUGGACAGUAACCUCUGUCUGUCCCUGCAUUCUGCAGGAUACUUUAGUAUUUUAGUACGUUAGAUCUCUAUGUGACAGUGUAGUUGUCAGUCGUCUGAUUUAAGAAAAAAUGCUUCUUGAGCUUUAAUUUAUUCCGACUUUACAUCUUUGGCUGACAAUUUCGAAACCGAACUAUUUUUAAUCUUUAUGUAUUUCGAUCGUCGCGUUCAAUUUUUUCGUGUUUUUUUUAUAUAAAACAAAGUGUGAGAGGCAGAGGUGGAAGACAAACGAUUUCGUUUAUUAUAACAAGAAAAAAUAUAUAAGAGGUUGUUAAUUAAAAUAUAAAUACAAGGAUGGAACCGAGCGACGAUUUAGACAGCCCAAUGAAAAUUAAAUAUUCUUCAAUGAACUACUGUGACUCUCCAAAAACAUCGCUUCUGUUUGCUGCACAGAGCAGAUCUUUUGACAAUAAAUCAAAAAGACAGCUCAAGAAAGUUGUUAACCCCUUUGUUCCUAGAGUUCAAAGCUUAGAAAAAGAUACUUGUUCUCCAACACUUUUUGUAAUUAGUCAGAGUCCAAAGAAUGAAGAAUUCAGUUGGAACAUUGACGACAUAUCUAAAAUUCAACCUGCUGUCAUCGAAUCGCCUCAAUAUAUUACUUUGGAAUAUGACGAAAAGACUGAAACAAAAGCUCAAGAAGUAAUUGAGAAAUAUUUUUCGGAGACACACAGUAUUGUAUCACCUAUUAAUUCAGGAAUUGGACAUUUUGAUUCCUCUGCCCAAUCGACUCCCUGUGAUAUAAACAAAUACAAGGCAAGGAGCAGUUCUCCUGCUGUCUCUUCAACCCCUUGUGCUAAAUUUUCAGAAAGGAGAAGAAUAAUUAAAGUAGACGCUGCUGAACAGACUGAUCUAUCUUUACCUCCUGUUCUUCCACCUGAUAUCGAAGCUAUUCUGAAACCUUAUUUUCGAACUAAUAAUUGUGAUAAUGUAGAAAAUGAAGAAAAUAUGAAUAACUCAACUUUGAGAAGAAAACUAUUUGUUGACAAGGACAAUGAGACUUUAAGUCCUGUUAAAGCUUCUUUAGCUGAGAGCCCUCCACUUGAAUACUCUGUGAAAUCAUCAAGAAUAGUAAGUAUUUAUAAUUGGAGCAACUGUAAUGACAAAACAGACGUGAUAAUCGAAUUAUCAAGCCCUGACUUGUCCCCAAUCAAUUCAAAAUCAAAUAAUGAAUCGUUUGCCAGUGUAAAUACAUCUUUACGCUUUGAUAAUAAACUGUCAGGUAAUCAUUUAACACACAAUGACAAAAACGAACUAAUAUGUGAACUUCUGGCAGAACCAUUAGGGAGCAAUCAUUGUGGGAUUUUUAAUUCUACGACUAAAACAAUGCAAAAAAGCAUGUGCAAUGAUCCCCAAGAUACAGGGUAUAGUACAAUGGACGAUUUGAUUUUCCACUGAAAUAAUUUUGACAUAAAAAAUAAACUACAUUUAAUACUGCUGUCUGUAAA